GCUUAAUAAGAAUUUGGAAUUACUUCAAGAUGGUGAUAUUUUUAAUUUUCUUGUUUCUAAUUGGUGUAUUAUAUUUUUCAUAUUCUCUCUUGUUAAAAAAUCUUAACUAUUGGAAGAAUCGCAAUGUUCCCUACGCGAGGCCAUUGCCGUUGUUCGGCAAUUACAAAGAGACUCUUCUUUUGAAAAAACACAUCACCUUAGUGAUGCGAGACAUGUGUCAACAGUUCCCCAAUGAGCCAUACUUCGGAUCCUUCUAUGGUACGACCCCAGCGCUUGUUGUUCAGGAUCCGAAUUUGUUAAAACUCAUUCUGUCAAAGGAAUUUUACUUCUGCAGCGGAAGAGAAGCAUCAGACUAUUACGGAAAAGAAAUGAUUGCAAAAAAUCUAUUUCUGGCCUACGGCGACGAAUGGAAAGUGUUACGCACGAAUUUAACACCGCUAUUUUCUUCGGUGAAAUUGAAGAACAUGUUCUAUUUGAUAAAGAAUUGCUCAGAUACAUUAGAGAAAUUACUCGCUGAAGAAUUUAAAUUAAAUCCGUCCAUUGAUAUCAAAAGUUUGCUGUCCCGAUACACGAUUGACUGCAUCACGGCUUGCGCUUUCGGGAUAAACUCUGAUUCUAUGGGUAAAAACGUACACGACAAUCCGUUCAAAAAAAUGGGAUAUAAAAUAUUCGAUACCUCAGACUACCAGGCUUUGAAAAAUAUCUGCCGUUCGAUGUGGCCGGGUGCUUUUUAUGCGUUAGGAUAUAAAGUAUUAAACAAAGAUAUCAGCAGCUUUUUCAUCGAGCUCAUGUCUGAGGUGUUCCAAAAACGCGAAGAAACGAAUGCAUCGAAGAACGACUUCGUCGAUCUUAUUGUGGGCUGGAAGAGAGACCAUCACAUUUCGGGAGACAGCAUGAGUAACUUGAAAACUGGGGACAAAAAGAAAAUCGACAUCGAUGUUAGCAACGAAUUUCUCGUAGCUCAAUGCGUUCUGUUUUUCGCGGCCGGAUUUGAAACCACAGCGACGACUACAACUUUUCUUCUGUAUGAAUUAGCGAAAGACAAGAUUGCUCAAGAAAAAGUAAUAGCUGAGGUCGACGAGUACUUUGCUAAACGUGAUACCGUUGAAUUCGAAUGCAUAAAUAUGAUGCCAUACACCGAAGCGUGUUUAGAAGAAAGUCUUCGUCUAUAUCCCGUCCUAGGUUUCCUAACUCGAGAAGUGAUGGAUGACUAUACUCUACCAACUGGUUACAAUUUCAAAAAAGGGGAUCGGAUUCACAUACCCGUGUAUCAACUUCAGCAUAGCCCAGACAACUUCCCUGAGCCGGACGUUUUUCGACCGGAACGAUUUUUUGGAGAAGAGAAGAAAAACAUCAAGCCAUUUACAUACAUGCCGUUUGGCGAAGGGCCUAGGACAUGCAUAGGUAUGCGUUUUGCUAAGAUGCCCAUAUACGCCGGCCUCCUUAAGAUUUUCAAGAAUUACAGAGUUGAGCUUGCAGAUAAUAUGCCACACAAAAUAACUAUGGAUCCAAAGGCUACUGUCACUCAACACAUCGGCGGCAUCCAUUUAAAAUUCUUACCAAGGGAAACUUAAUACUCUUUAUUCC